ACAUUGUACCUGCAAACAUUGUAGUGUCUAUACGCGCAUGCAGAUCGAGUUCAUUCCUCAUUCUGCACAUCGAUGUCUUGGAAGAAUUGUGUCAUCUACACAGACUCGCCCGUGUGCUAAUUUUCGAUAGACAACUCAAUUGUCAUCGCCUUUGGCGUAUUUCCCACUUGUUACCUGGUUUAUAUCAGCAGCGGGAUUGUAUUCGCCGGCAUGUCUUAGAUGUAGCGACAACGUAGUCACUUUCCACGGCGACACAUCGCAGAGAAACUUCGAAGUUCGACCUCGUUCAAUAGAAGCUCUUUUUAUUUCGAGACGGUCUAAUAGUUGGAUAAUUAUUUCGGAUGAUUUUGAUUCUGCUUUCUCAGUCUACAUUGCUACUUUUGUUUAGGAUAUGUUCGCCUAUUUAAGAAAAGCCGUCGCCAGCAAAAUGCGUCUUUGUAAUAUAAUGGUGAUCCGUGACGCCACACUCCUCGUCAUCUGCUGGUACUCCCUCGUCGUCUCCCUCUGCAUGCUCUACGUGCUCCACACCCACUCCGACACCAUCGAGACAAACAGGGUCUCGAACCAUGUAGCCAAGGCGCGCUCCGAUAACUCCGAUCCACAGGACCAAUCUGGCUGGAUGCGGGUGGACUUCGUUAACGCCAACACGAAGCCGGCGAUGGCGAGACGACGACGGUCGAACCAGAGGUCAUCAUCGUCACGGCGAACGCGACGGAUGAUACGCCGAAGGGACAUCCAGGUUACACGUUGUUGGAUAAAGACACGCCGCUGAAUCUCCGUUGCAACCGGUGUUCACUUGUAUCAAGCUCGGGCCAGCUCCUCAACAGCGGCGCCGGAGCCGACAUCGACAACGCCGACUGCGUCCUUCGGAUGAACAGCGCCCCGGUCAGGGGCUACGAGGAGGACGUCGGCCUCCACACCGACGUCCGGGUCAUAGGCCACGUGAAUCUAGCGAGGGGAUUACAGACGAGCAAGAAGUUGAUCGACGAGAUCCUGGUCGACCCUGCGACUAGGACCGGCAUCGUGGUCGUUCCCUGGCUCUACCAGGAGAAGAUCAACAAGACAAACAAUGCGGUCUACCAGGCGGCCAGGAAAAUGACUGCCAAGUACCCGCACGUCAAGUUCUAUUUCUUGACUCCAGAGAAAAUCAAUGAGACCGAGGACAGGUUCCUAAUCGAGACAGGUGUUAGCUUAACUGAUGCCAAGACAUGGCUAAGUACUGGUUUCGUUGCCAUGUUGUUCGCCCUGGAUGUCUGCAACAGGAUAGACGUGUACGGUCUGUCAAAUGUCGAGUAUUGCUCGAGGCACCCAAACUCCUCUUCUUCAUAUCACUACUACGAACCAGGGGUUCAAAGAGAGUGUGAAUACUACCAAUGGAGCGAGACGCAGAUGAACAAAGGACACAAAUUCAUGACGGAGAAGGCCGUCUUUGCCCGCUGGUCGCUCGGCUACAACAUCCACUUCCAUUACCCCUCCUGGCGAGCCACUAUCCGAAACGUCACCGCCGAACUGGAGACACCGUUCCUGCAACUCUACAAAGAAGCCCUGAAGAGCGGCACACUGGAACAUAUACGCAAGGCAGCGCGGCACGUACGAGUCGUACGGCGCGUCAAAGUAAUACGACGAUACGCACGGGUACCGGUACCGCCGAACAACAUGGGUGUCGGUCCUUACGUAAUACCUAUUGUUCAGGGUGGGAUGAAUAUAUAG